UGACAGAUGUUUGGAUUGGCAACAUUUAGGAAACCUGAUAGGUGUAGAGUAAUCAACCUUCAUGUGUUAGGUUAUGCUUUGAAAUAAUCACAAACAAAUAUAAAUAGUACUUUUUCUCAGUACCAUAAACCAUGAUGCGGGGUGUAUGCCAUUAAUCUGUCGGAUAUACUCCGUAUUUUGUCGCCUGGAUUACUAUAAAUGCAUUGUGUAUAAGUGUAUGUGUGAAAGAGAGCCUGAAAUACUUUGCUAUGGAAACCCUGAAGCAAGAGAUAAGAACCUCCUGACAUGUGAAAUGGAGUGGGUGUGAUUUUAGUUUUCCGCUGAGUUUGAUGGUCAGAUGAAGAGAAUAUAAGGUGAGAUGUGGUCAUUUACUCACCACACCAGUCAGAACAUCAUUCCUUGGCUCAGCCACCUAACUAUCCUACUCCUAAAGUCAUGGAAUCUGCCAUUAACGUGCUCGUUUCCCAGUUCAAGAUUUACGCAGGGAAGGAUGGCUCAGUAAACACUCUGAGCAAAGAAGAGUUUCAGAACCUGGUAACAUCCCAGUUACCAACCUUUGUGAAGAAUGCCUCUGACCCAGCCACCAUUGAUCAGCUCAUGAAGUCAUUGGAUGCGAAUAACGAUGGAGAACUGACGUUCCUGGAGUUCUGGAAGCUGAUUGGCAGUGUGGCGAACCAGCAUGGCGGCUUUUAGCCAAUAAAGGAACCUGAAGUCCUAAUCUACUUGAAGAAAAUCACUUUAAUUUUACCCUAUGACUUUCUGAUGUAAUUAUAAAACUACGCAGUUAAUGAUUGUCCCAAGCAGGUGAUGGCAAAUAAAAGAAAGCGUUGUUUUAUUCUCCUGGUAA